GUCAAGCAGCUGAGUCCCGGUCCGGCCGGCAUUCAUUCAUGGUUCCCUGAAAUCCUCCAAAUGCUCGCAUGAGAAUGAUUUGCUACCCAGUCCAAAAUCAUGCCAAUCCCAGUUUUGUCACCGAGUAUUUUGCCGGCCAUGUUGAACUGCUUCCGCCACAUUGAUAUCUUCUUCUGCCCAUUCCUUCUCAUGUCUAUUUCUUUCUCCUCUUUCUUCCAUUCCAACCUGCCUUCUCCAUAGGCAGUUCAUUUCUGCUCGUUUUGGUGUCAAUGAGCGCCGGUCGCCUGAGGUUCUUUCCGCCGACGAGCGCAAAGAAGGAGCGCGAUGAGGAGCUCUCACUUUUCCGGGAGCUCUUUAAGCGAGAGAGAGAGAAGAACAUGAAUCUCCUCGAAUCGGUAUCCACAGAGCUCGUGCCAGUUGAUGGAAAUUCGGUCGUCUUCAAAAUUUCUGCUGCGAAAAAGGGUGAUGCUAAUGUAAACGAAAACGAAAAGAAUGAUUAUGAUUGGCUCAAAACUCCACCUGCAACGCCUUUAUUCCAAUCGCUUGAGAUGGAUGUUGGCCAAAGCAAUAGUCCUCACAUGAUAAUCCACAAGGAACUUCCCAUCAUCCCACCGCUUAAACCAUCAAGGUUUUUAGAAAUAAUGGAGUCAAAAACAAGAUCAAAACCACCAAUUGCAACUUCCGUGUCGUCCUUUGGAUCAGCAUCAUCUUCCCGACCCGAGAGUCCUGAUACGGAUCGAUAUCCCUUAUCACCUCCUAGGUCAAUUACAACACCAAUUGCGACACCUAGAUUUGCAUCUCAAAGAUUCGCCAAGGAAUCAGACAAGGGGCCAUCCGCCAAGCCACUUCAACCUGGAAGAUUCUUGAGAAGAAAAGAAGAGCCAAAACUAAGACCAAAAUCCCCCGGCUCACUGUCUGUAGCCUCUACGGCCGCCUCCUCGCGGCCACCUCUACGGCCGCUUCCUCGCGGCCAGAAACUCCGGAUUUGA